AUGCCAUCGCCCGCAACCCAGUCCGAAAGCAGUAAACAGCAGAACCUAUUCGGAAUCGCCGACCGCGUUUUACCCGGUGCCGGUCUUGGAAGUUAUUCACUCGCCGAAGAAAUCCGCCUGAUUUAUUCGCACGGCAAAGGCUCGCGCCUGUGGGAUGUCGAUAACAACGAAUAUAUUGACUAUGUCGGCGGUGCCGGCGCACUGAUACUCGGCCAUUCACACCCGGCGGUAGUCGACGCCUCGAAGGCACAACUCGAUCGCGGUGCCCAUAUGUUUGGCAUCGCUAACGACUGUCGCAGUGACAUCUCGCCGAGCGUCUGGUCAAAGACUUCCUGCGGAGGAAAAACUCGCGCCCUACUGUGCAGGACCUUGCCCGAAGCCACGGUGUCGACCAUGCUGGUUUGCCCGUAUAACGAUCUGGCUACACUGCGCAAAAUUGUCGGCGAACACGGUCAUGACAUCGCAGCUAUUUUUGCCGAACCGGUGCAACGCAUUAUUCCCGCUGAGCCAGAGUUUUUGCAGGGUAUUCGCAAGAUCUGCGAUGAGUACGACAUACUCUUCGUGCUCGACGAA